CUCAAAGCCCCAGUGGCAGCAGGCAGCACCGUUGUUCCACCUGACUGUCAAGCAGGACGAUGAGACUCCAGAACCAUUUCGUGUUAAAAAUGAGCAGUCCUACGGUGAAUACAUGGAACGCAUUAAAAAAAAAGGCCAAUUAUCUGACCAGGUUGAUGAUAGCUGUGCUGGACCAUCUACUUUCCGGCCGAAGGGCAAAUCUCCACACAAAGAGCGAGAGAGCUUUAGGAGCACUCUGGUCAGCGUCAUCACGCAAGAAGAUGCUGGUUUAGACCCAACUAUUCCUGAUGAAAGCACGUUUUUAAAACCAACCACUUCUGCAAUAGAAAAGGACAUCUUGAGGUAUUACUAUUAUAUUCACCAUGGAAUUGAUACAGACCAUGUAGCCCCAAUGGAAGAUUCUUGGCUAGAACAUGUAUUGGAUUUGGUUCCACAACAUCUGAAAGUCCUCACUGACAGCAUACUUGUAUUAUCUGACGAAAUGAGAGAAGAUUACCUUCUUAGUGUCAAGAAAUCCAUAGUUGAUUUUGUUUUAAAAGAUCCGAGAGAAAAGGAAGAUGAUAAGAAAACAGAUGAACUUCCACCCCAUCGUGCUGAAAUGGAAAUUCUCCCAAAACCUUGGAGGAAAUCUUUUUUGGCUGCGAGCAGUUACAUUCGGGAUCACUUGAACGCCAUGAACCCCACAAUGCUGGCUGUGCUGGAUUUGUGGCACAGUAAUUUUAGAAAAUUACGUUUAAUUGAUAUAGAAGAAUUUCACAAUCGCCAUGAUGCAUUAGAGCUGUCAAGUUUUCAGAACAUUAUCAUGAGACACAUGGAAUCUGCCAAAGAGACUCUACUUAAAAUGUGGUUUCCAGAAGUACAGAAUAUUUAUUACCAAGGUAAUAAAAAAAAACAAUUGCCAACUGGUGACAGCAGUGCCAAAUUGGAGUCUUUUUUCAACUGUGCUGCUACACUUAUGACUUUACAGCUGCAGGACCUCGCAUUGGUCUCCAUGCAGGAUUUCACAAACUUAAUUGCACAACCCCCAGAUUCUGUUAGAGCUUUUGAACAUCCAGGUUUUAUCAUGAGGCUGAUUCUUGAAAAUGACACCAUUAAGUUUGAGCCUGAUUUUAAUGACUAUAUAGAUAUCCUUAUAAAUGCUUAUGAUGUCAUGAUUAAAGCUGUCAGUUUUGUACCAAGAGUUGAGACAAAAUUAUAUUCCAAGUGGGAAAGUAAGUCUAAACCAACAACUUUGAAGCCCAUAAUUUUGAAUGAAAUUGUGGAUGCUCACAAAGAAAAGAUUAAGGAGGUGAUUAUGAGAGAGAGCGUGGCACCCACUGAGCACCUCAGGCUCUAUGACAAGUAUGACUUUUUAAUUACCAAAAAAGCUGAGCAAGAUGUUGAUAACUUCCUUGUAAAAAAUCAUAGUUAUGAGAAAAUAAUAGAUGAAAUUCGAAAAUACCAGAAACUAAUAGAGGAAAUACAGUACACAUCUAUAAAGACUGUUCGUUUGGGAAUGUUUGAAAUGCACUGUGAGGAAUUAAUCAGAGCUUUGGUGAAACGAGCAGAUAGUCUUUGUGGGAGACUUACAGCCCGAAUGUUCAGAGAUCAUCAGGAAGUAAAUACAAGAUUGUGCAGUGAAUUUGAGAGGAUAGCUGAAAAAGCUUUGAGCACUCCUCCAAAUACAGCAGAACUGAUGGAAAUGAAGGCUUACAUUCAGAAAGUGGAGGCAACUGAUAUGUUAGAACUGGAACAGAGGUUAGUGGACUCCAAAAACUGCCUUGCCUUCCUCAUCGAGUGCACUAGCUUUUCUCCUGCAGACAUCAGGUUGAAUAAUAAUGUUUUCCAAUGGUAUGGAAGGAUGGGAGAAGUUUUUGAAGAUCACAGGAAAAUUAUUAAAGAGAAAACAGAACAAUAUCAAGAAGGUCUGAAGUUACGGUGUGACCGGUUUGUGGAGGAACUAGAGAGUUAUGCCAAGCAGGCAGAGGAGUUUUAUUCAUUUGGAGAUCUUCAGGACAUACAUCGGUACCUGAAAAAGGCACAAACACUGAAUGCAAAGUUGGAUUUAGCAGCAGAAAAGAUUGAGCAGUUUAAUGCUGAAGAGGAGGCAUUUGGUUGGCUACUAUCAAUAUAUCCUCAACGUAAAAAAAUCCAAGAUGGUUUAAACCCUUACCUUCGUCUCUAUGAAACUGCUGUUGAAUUUAGCAACAAGUACAGAACAUGGACAGAAGGGCCAUAUCACAAGGUGAAUCCAGACCAAGUAGAAACCGAUGUGGGGAACUACUGGAGAGGACUGUAUAAGCUGGAGAAGACCUUCCAUGAUGCUCCACAAGCACUGGCCAUGACCAAGAAGGUGAGAGCCAGGGUGGAGGAGUUCAGGCAGCACAUCCCACUCAUCCAGGUGAUCUGCAACCCUGGUCUGCGCCCCCGGCACUGGGAGGCCAUGUCCACCAUAGUCGGGUACCCCUUGCAGCCAGCCGAGGACUCCACUGUCUUCUCCUUCCUGGACAUGAACCUGGAGCCCUACUUGGACAAACUCGAAGGCAUUGGUGAAGCAGCUAGCAAGGAAUACUCUCUCGAAAAGGCCUUGGAGAAGAUGAUUGCUGAGUGGGAUGCAAUGGAAUUUGUCAUUCAUUCUUACAGAGAAACUGGGACAUUUAUUCUGUCAUCAGUUGAUGAGAUUCAGAUGUUGUUGGACGACCACAUUGUCAAAACACAAACCAUGCGGGGCUCUCCUUUCAUUAAGCCUUAUGAAAAGCAAAUGAGGGACUGGGAGGGCAAGCUCCUGCUGCUUCAGGAGAUCCUGGAUGAGUGGCUCAAGGUCCAGGCCACUUGGCUGUACCUGGAGCCCAUCUUCAGCUCACCAGACAUCAUGUCCCAGAUGCCUGAGGAAGGCCGGCGGUUCACAGCUGUGGAUAAAACAUGGAGAGACAUCAUGAAAACUGUCAUACAGAAUAAGCAUGUUCUGACAGUUGUAGCUAUUGAGAGAAUGUUGGAAAGGCUGAAAAAAUCUAAUGAACUUUUGGAACUCAUUCUUAAAGGACUUAAUGAAUAUUUGGAAAAGAAACGCCUCUUCUUUCCCAGAUUCUUUUUCUUGUCGAAUGAUGAACUUCUUGAGAUACUGUCUGAGACUAAAGAUCCUACUAGGGUGCAACCUCACUUGAAGAAGUGUUUUGAAGGAAUUGCAAAGGUAGAAUUUACGGACACUCUGGACAUUACUCACAUGAAGAGCAGUGAAGGAGAGGUCGUGGAGCUCAUAGAGACCAUUUCCACAGCCAAAGCCAGAGGGCAGGUGGAGAAGUGGCUGGUUGAGUUAGAGAGAGUCAUGAUUAGCUCCAUCCACAAGGUCAUUGGAGAUGCAAUUCUUGCCUAUACAAAAUAUGAACGAAUUAACUGGGUGAGGGAUUGGCCGGGACAGACUGUUCUCUGUGUAUCCCAAAUCUUUUGGACAAAAGAAGUACAAACAGCUAUUCCACAGGGGCUGAAGUUUAUUGAACAAUACUUGGAAAAAUGUAACAGACAGAUUGAUGAUAUUGUCACUUUGGUGCGUGGCAAGUUGUCCAAGCAGAAUCGCGUUACUCUGGGAGCACUGGUGGUCCUGGAUGUCCAUGCUCGGGAUGUCCUUGCUGCACUGGUGAAGAAGAAAGUCAGCGAUGACACCGACUUCGAAUGGUUAAGUCAACUGAGGUACUAUUGGCAGGAAAAUCAUUUGGAGACAAAGAUGAUCAAUGCAGGCUUGCGAUAUGGAUAUGAGUAUCUGGGUAAUUCCCCCAGGCUGGUUAUCACCCCCCUCACGGACAGAUGUUACAGAACCUUAUUUGGAGCCCUUCACUUGCACCUUGGAGGAGCACCUGAGGGUCCAGCUGGCACUGGAAAGACUGAAACUACCAAGGAUUUAGCAAAAGCUGUAGCCAAGCAAUGUGUUGUUUUCAACUGCUCUGAUGGAUUGGACUAUUUGGCUUUGGGAAAAUUCUUUAAGGGACUGUUAUCUUGUGGAGCCUGGGCGUGCUUUGAUGAGUUUAAUAGAAUUGAUUUGGAAGUACUUUCUGUGGUUGCUCAACAAAUCCUUACUAUCCAAAGAGGUAUUAAUGCAGGCACUGACAUACUAAUAUUUGAAGGAACGGAACUGAAGCUUGACCCCACGUGUGCUGUGUUUAUAACAAUGAACCCUGGGUAUGCUGGGCGGUCAGAACUGCCAGACAAUCUGAAGGCUCUCUUCCGGACAGUAGCCAUGAUGGUGCCCGACUACGCCAUGAUUGCUGAGAUAGUCCUGUACUCCUGCGGGUUUGUCACCGCUCGGCCACUGUCAGUGAAAAUUGUUGCUACGUAUCGCUUGUGUUCAGAGCAGCUGUCAUCGCAACAUCACUAUGACUAUGGAAUGAGAGCUGUGAAGUCAGUGCUCACAGCAGCUGGGAAUCUGAAGCUGAAAUAUCCAAAUGAAAAUGAAGAAAUUCUGCUAUUUAGAUCCAUCAUUGAUGUAAAUCUGCCAAAAUUUUUAUCCCAUGAUUUACCACUCUUUGAGGGAAUUACUUCGGAUUUGUUUCCUGGGGUGAAAUUACCAAAACCAGAUUACAAUGAUUUGCUGGAAGCGAUCAAAGACAAUUGUGCCUCUAUGAAUUUGCAAAUGACCUCAUUCUUUUCUGAGAAGAUUCUUCAAAUCUAUGAAAUGAUGAUUGUGCGUCAUGGUUUUAUGAUUGUUGGAGAACCAUUUGGAGGAAAGACCAGUGCAUAUCGUGUCUUAGCUGGAGCUCUAAAUGAUAUAUGUGAAAAGGGGCUAAUGGAAGAAAACAAGGUUCAAAUAACGGUUUUGAACCCUAAGUCUGUCACCAUGGGUCAGCUGUAUGGACAGUUUGACUUAGUGUCCCAUGAAUGGUCUGACGGAGUCCUUGCUGUCAGUUUCAGAGCAUUCGCUUCUUCUAUGAGCCCAGACAGGAAGUGGCUGGUGUUCGACGGGCCAGUGGAUGCGGUAUGGAUUGAGAACAUGAACACCGUGCUGGAUGACAACAAGAAACUGUGCCUGAUGAGUGGGGAAAUCAUCCAGAUGUCACCACAGAUGAACCUCAUCUUUGAGCCCAUGGAUUUAGAAGUCGCCUCUCCCGCCACCGUCUCCAGGUGUGGCAUGAUCUACAUGGAGCCCCACAUGCUGGGCUGGAGACCGCUGAUGCUAUCCUGGGUGAACUUGCUGCCUGAGACAGUCAGUACGAUUCAAAAGGAAUUCAUAAUAGGCUUGUUUGACAGAAUGGUCCCUGUUUCUGUUGAAUUCAUUAGAAAGCAUACAAAGGAAUUAUCUCCUACUUCAGAUACCAACUUGGUCCGAUCCUUAAUGAAUCUAAUAGACUGUUUUAUGGAUAAUUUUGCUGAUGAAGUCAAAGUAAAAGAGAGAAAUGACCGAGAAACUUACUCCUUGCUUGAGGGUAUCUUCCUGUUUUCAUUGAUCUGGUCCAUUGGUGCUUCUUGUACAGCUGAUGAUCGGUUGAAAUUUAAUAAUAUUCUUCGAGAACUAAUGGAAGGUUCCAUUUCAGAACGUACUCGAAAUAGAUUUAAACUACAGAGUGGUGCUGAGCACAUGCCCUCAAAGACACUAACUAUUCCAUUUCCUGAAAAAGGAACCAUUUAUGAUUAUCAGUUUGUCACUCAGGGAAUAGGAAAAUGGGAACCAUGGAUAAAGAAAUUGGAAGUCACUGCUCCUAUUCCCAAAGACCUGCUGUUUCACGAAAUCAUUGUGCCGACUCUGGACACAGUUCGAUACUCUGCAUUAAUGGAACUGUUGACCACUCAUCAGAAGCCUUCAAUAUUUGUAGGACCAACGGGAACUGGAAAAAGUGUUUAUAUUAUUAAUUUUCUUUUAAAUCAACUCAACAAAGACACCUACAAACCCCUGCUAAUUAACUUCUCUGCACAAACUACAGCAGCUCAAACUCAGAACAUCAUCAUGUCAAAACUGGACAAAAGAAGAAAGGGGGUCUUUGGCCCUCCUUUGGGCAAGAAAAUGGUUGUCUUUGUAGACGAUGUCAAUAUGCCUGCCCGAGAGGUAUAUGGGGCUCAACCUCCCAUCGAGCUGCUCAGACAGUGGUUAGAUCACUGGAAUUGGUAUGAUCUGAAGGACUGCUCGAUGAUUAAACUAGUAGACAUUCAGAUCAUGUGUGCUAUGGGGCCUCCAGGCGGUGGUCGAAAUCCAGUCACUCCUCGAUACAUGCGACAUUUCAACAUCAUAACAAUCAAUGAAUUUAGUGAUAAAUCCAUGUUUACAAUCUUCUCUAGAAUCUUAACAUGGCAUUUAAAAACCUGUUGUCAAUUUCCAGAAGACUUUCUGGACUUGACCAAACAAAUUGUGAAUGGCACAAUGACCCUGUAUAAAGAAGCCAUGAAGAAUCUUUUGCCCACGCCCGCGAAGUCUCACUACUUAUUCAACCUCCGUGAUUUCUCCAGGGUCAUUCAAGGGGUUUGCUUGUCAAGACCAGAAACAGCAGAAACCAAAGAGGUGAUCAAACGUCUUUGGGUUCAUGAGGUUCUCCGGGUGUAUUACGACCGCCUCCUGGACAACACAGAUAGAAGCUGGCUUAUCAACUGCAUCCAAGAAAUCUUGAAGAAGUACAUGGAUGAAGACUUCCAUAAGCUUUUCCUGAGUCUAGACUUUGAUGGCGAUGGCGUAGUAGUGGAGGAUGACCUGCGCAGCCUGAUGUUUUGUGACUUCCACGAUUCCAAGAGGGAGGACACCAACUACAGGGAAGUGGCCAACGUGGACAGCCUCCGCAUGAUUGUGGAGGGCCAGCUGGACGAGUACAACAACAUCAGCAAGAAGCCCAUGAGCCUCGUGCUGUUCCGCUUCGCCAUCGAACACAUCAGCAGGGUCUCCCGCAUCCUGAAGCAGCCCCGCAGCCACGCACUCCUGGUGGGCGUGGGUGGGAGCGGGAGGCAGUCGGUCACCAGGCUGGCCGCCCACAUGGCCGACUACUCCGUGUUCCAGGUGGAGAUCUCCAAGGGCUACAGCAGCACUGAGUGGCACGAAGACUUGAAGGUGAUCUUGAGGAAAUGUGCUGAAGGCGAGAUGCAGGGUGUCUUCCUGUUCACAGACACUCAGAUCAAACAAGAGUCCUUCCUCGAAGACAUCAACAACCUGCUCAAUGCCGGGGAGAUUCCCAAUCUCUUUGCACUGGACGAGAAGCAAGAGAUAUGCGACAAGAUGCGCCAGUUAGACCGCCAGCGGGACAAGACCAAGCAGACGGACGGGAGCCCCGUGGCAUUGUUCAACAUGUUCGUGGACCGCUGCCGCAGCCAGCUGCAUGUGGUCCUGGCCAUGAGCCCCAUCGGGGAUGCCUUUCGGAACCGGCUGAGGAAGUUCCCCUCGCUGGUGAACUGCUGCACCAUCGACUGGUUCCAGCCAUGGCCAGAAGACGCGCUGCAGGCCGUUGCCUCGAGAUUCUUGGAAGAGAUUGAGAUGUCGGGGGAAACACGCAAUGGCUGCAUUGACAUGUGCAAGAGCUUCCAUACCUCCACCAUACACCUGUCAAAGUCUUUCUUCGUGGAGCUCCAAAGACACAAUUAUGUGACUCCUACCUCUUAUCUCGAGUUAAUCUCCACCUUCAAGCUGCUGCUAGAAAAAAAAAGAAGCGAAGUGAUGAAAAUUAAGAAGCGGUACGAGGUGGGUUUGGAUAAAUUGGAAUCUGCUUCCUCUCAAGUGGCCACAAUGCAGACUGAGUUGGAGGCACUCCAUCCUCAGCUAAAAGUUGCCAGCAGGGAGGUUGAUGAGAUGAUGGUGAUCAUUGAGAAAGAGUCUGUAGAGGUCGCCAAGACAGAAAAAAUUGUAAAAGCUGACGAGACAGUCGCAAACGAACAGGCCAUGGCAGCCAAAGCCAUCAAGGACGAGUGUGAUGCGGACCUGGCAGGAGCCUUGCCCAUCCUGGAGUCGGCGCUGGCUGCCCUGGACACACUCACCGCUCAGGAUAUCACCGUGGUGAAAUCCAUGAAGAGUCCCCCUGCAGGGGUCAAACUUGUAAUGGAAGCUAUAUGCAUCUUGAAAGGCAUCAAGGCUGAUAAAAUCCCUGACCCCACAGGCUCAGGAAAGAAGAUGGAGGAUUUCUGGGGCCCGGCUAAGAGACUGCUUGGGGACAUCAGAUUUCUACAGUCACUUCACGAAUAUGACAAGGACAAUAUUCCUCCAGCUUAUAUGAGUAUCAUAAGAAAAAAUUAUAUUCCAAAUCCAGAUUUUGUUCCAGAAAAGAUCAGAAAUGCUUCUACAGCAGCCGAAGGUCUGUGCAAGUGGGUCAUAGCCAUGGAUUCGUAUGACAAAGUGGCUAAAAUAGUGGCUCCCAAGAAGAUCAAGCUGGCAGCAGCUGAAGGGGAGUUGAGAGUUGCCAUGGAGGGACUCAGAAAGAAGCAGGCAGUCCUGCAUGAGGUGCAGGACAAGCUGGCCAAGCUGCAGGACAGGCUUGAGCUGAAUAAGCAGAAGAAGGCAGACCUGGAGAACCAGGUUGACCUGUGCAGCAAGAAGCUAGAACGGGCUGAGCAACUGAUCGGGGGCCUUGGAGGUGAGAAGACACGCUGGAGCCAGACAGCCCUGGAGUUGGGGCAGCUGUACGUGAACCUGACGGGGGACAUCCUCAUCUCCUCUGGUGUAGUGGCCUACCUGGGCGCCUUCACAUCCAGCUACAGGCAGAACCAAACUAAGGAGUGGACAACUUUGUGCAAAAGAAGAGGUAUCCCCUGCUCAGAUGAUUACUCUCUUACGGGCACCCUGGGAGAAGCAGUGACAAUUCAAGCUUGGAAUAUUGCCGGACUACCUUCUGACUCAUUUUCCAUUGAUAACGGGAUCAUCAUCAUGAAUGCAAGAAGGUGGCCCCUGAUGAUCGACCCUCAAGGCCAGGCUAACAAAUGGAUCAAGAACAUGGAGAAAACCAACAGUCUUCAUCUCAUCAAGCUGAACGAUCCUGAUUAUGUCAGAACUUUGGAGAAUUGCAUCCAGUUUGGUACUCCUGUGUUGCUAGAAAAUGUAGGAGAAGAGCUCGAUCCGAUCCUGGAGCCCCUCCUGCUCAAGCAGACCUUCAAGCAGGGUGGGAGCAUCUGUAUCCGGCUGGGCGACACCACAGUGGAGUAUGCACCUGACUUCCGUUUCUAUAUUACCACCAAGUUGCGGAACCCCCACUACCUGCCUGAGACGUCGGUGAAGGUAACACUGUUAAAUUUCAUGAUAACUUUGGAAGGAAUGCAAGAUCAGCUCCUGGGAAUCGUGGUGGCACGAGAAAGGCCAGACCUUGAGGAAGAGAAGCAGGCCUUGAUCUUACAAGGAGCUGAAAACAAAAGGCAGUUAAAAGAAAUAGAAGACAAGAUUUUGGAAGUUCUUUCGUCUUCAGAAGGCAAUAUAUUAGAGGAUGAAACUGCUAUUAAGAUAUUAUCUUCCUCCAAGGCUCUGGCUAAUGAGAUUUCUCAGAAGCAGGAAGUGGCCGAAGAGACUGAGAAGAAGAUCGACACCACCCGCAUGGGCUACCGGCCCAUUGCCGUGCAUUCCUCCAUUCUGUUUUUCUCGAUUGCUGACUUGGCCAGCAUCGAGCCCAUGUACCAGUAUUCACUGGUCUGGUUCAUUAACCUUUUCAUCCUGUCCAUCGAAAAUUCAGAGAAAUCAGAAAUUUUAACCAAAAGGCUCCAGAUCCUCAAGGAUCACUUCACUUACUCGCUCUAUGUCAACGUCUGCCGCUCACUGUUCGAGAAGGACAAGCUGCUAUUCUCGUUCUGCCUCACGGUGAACCUUCUGCUACAUGAGCACGAGGUUAAUGUGGCUGAGUGGAGAUUUCUGCUGACUGGUGGCAUUGGAUUGGAUAAUCCUCAUGCCAACCCUUGUACAUGGCUUCCUCAAAAAUCCUGGGAUGAAAUAUGUCGAUUAGAUGACUUGCCUGCCUUUAAAACCAUUCGUAAGGACUUCAUGCGCUUAAAGGAUGGAUGGAAAAAAGUAUACGAUAGUCUGGACCCACACCAUGAGGUUUUCCCUGAAGACUGGGAAAGAAAAACAGAUGAAUUUCAAAGGAUGCUUAUCAUUCGCUGCUUAAGGCCAGACAAGGUGAUUCCAAUGUUGCAGGAAUUUAUAAUCCAUAGAUUGGGGCGCGUAUUCAUUGAGCCCCCGCCCUUUGACCUGUCCAAGGCAUUCGCAGAUAGUCACUGCUGUGCCCCACUAAUCUUUGUGCUCUCGCCCGGAGCAGACCCGAUGGCUGCCCUUCUCAAGUUCGCCGAUGACCAGCGGUCUGGGGGAUCCAAACUUAGCUCUCUGUCUCUUGGUCAAGGCCAAGGGCCCAUUGCUAUGAAGAUGCUAGAGAAAGCUGUCAAGGAAGGAAGCUGGGUUGUUCUUCAGAACUGUCACCUUGCUACCUCUUGGAUGCCCACCCUUGAGAAAGUGUGUGAGGAGUUAAGCCCGGAAUCAACACACCCAGAUUUCCGGAUAUGGCUAACGAGCUACCCGUCCCCCAACUUCCCUGUGUCAGUUCUGCAGAACGGGGUGAAGAUAACCAAUGAGGCUCCAAAAGGACUGCGGGCCAACAUCAUCCGGUCCUAUCUCAUGGACCCUAUCUCUGACCCCGACUUCUUCGGCAGCUGCAAGAAGCCGGAGGAAUUCAAGAAAUUGCUUUAUGGCCUCUGCUUCUUUCAUGCUUUGGUACAAGAAAGACGAAAAUUUGGACCUUUGGGGUGGAAUAUUCCUUACGAGUUCAAUGAGACUGAUCUGAGAAUCAGCGUGCAGCAGCUGCACAUGUUCCUGAACCAGUAUGAGGACCUACCUUAUGACGCCCUGCGGUACAUGACGGGUGAGUGCAACUACGGCGGCCGGGUGACCGAUGACUGGGACCGGCGCACACUGCGCAGCAUCCUGAACAAGUUCUUCAACCCAGACCUGGUUCAAAAUUCAGACUACAAAUUCGACUCGAGUGGCAUCUACUUUGUACCUCCUUCUGGUGAUCACAAAAGCUACAUGGAGUACACAAAGACCCUGCCAUUGACCCCCGCCCCAGAGAUCUUUGGGAUGAAUGCCAACGCGGACAUCACCAAGGACCAGGCAGAGACGCAGCUGCUGUUUGACAACAUCCUCCUCACACAGUCUCGUUCAGCAGGUGCAGGUGCUAAAUCAUCGGAUGAAGUAGUGAAUGAGGUUGCUGGGGACAUCUUGGGCAAACUUCCAAACAACUUUGAUGUGGAGGCUGCGAUGAGGAGAUACCCAACCACGUACACACAGAGCAUGAACACCGUCCUCGUCCAAGAGAUGGGGCGGUUCAAUAAGCUGCUGCAGAUCAUAAGGGAGUCGUGCAUUAACAUUCAAAAAGCAAUCAAGGGGCUUGUCGUGAUGUCUACAGAUCUUGAAGAAGUGGUUAGUAGCAUUUUGAAUGGCAAAAUUCCAGGAAUGUGGAUGGGUAAAUCCUACCCAAGCCUUAAACCACUGGGCAGUUAUGUGAAUGACUUCCUUACAAGACUGAAAUUCUUGCAGCAGUGGUAUGAGGUGGGACCCCCGCCAGUCUUCUGGCUCUCCGGCUUCUUCUUCACACAAGCCUUCCUGACGGGCGCCCAGCAGAACUACGCCAGGAAGUACACGAUCCCCAUCGACCUCCUCAGCUUUGACUACGAGGUGAUGGAAGACAAGGAAUACAAGCACGCGCCCGAGGAUGGUGUGUUCAUUAAUGGACUGUUUCUGGAUGGAGCUUCCUGGAACAGAAAGAUCAAGAAACUUGCAGAAUCGCAUCCCAAAAUUCUUUAUGACACAGUGCCUGUGAUGUGGCUGAAGCCCUGCAGGAGGGCAGAUAUCCCGGAGCGGCCCAGCUACGUCGCCCCGCUGUACAAGACAAGUGAGCGCAGGGGAACACUGUCUACCACCGGCCACUCCACCAACUUUGUGAUCGCCAUGACGCUGCCCUCGGACCAACCCAAAGAGCACUGGAUCGGCCGUGGCGUGGCACUGCUGUGUCAACUCAACUCGUGAUUGGGACAUAACUCUUGCUCCAACUUCCUGUUGGAUGGCUGAGUAGAAAAUGUGUGUUUUACUGUUUAAACAAGUGUUUUGGGUUAAAUAAAUAUGACUAAAGUUACACUUAAUUAUGAAUUUACUUACAUGCAAAUGCAGAGAAGGUAAAAUGAUUCCUACUUCUAUGUAAGGAAAUGUUCUGAAAUAAAGACUAAAGAAGGUACACUGG